AUGGAGGAUGUCUAUGUGGGUCUAACAGCCACGAAGCUAGGCAUCAAAAUGUACGACAUACCAGAUAUACAUCGUCGUGGGCCUCCUCAAAAUAAAACACUCCUGCGGGCGCCUCUAAUAGCAUCCUUGGAGAACAAUAAACGCUGGAUGCGCGCUGUUAAACUUCGCGACCAGCGCGUCAGUGCCAGUAUUACGACUCGUUUUCUCGAUCUUGCCAAUAGGAACAUUUCCGAGAAACUGGGUAAGUGGUCAGCCCAUGGUCACACCGUCUAUCUGGAUACAGAGCUGGUACCUGAAGAGCGGCAUCAGCUCGCUUUAGCUGCCGAUGUUCCCUAUGUUUUUUAA